AUGUCAACUCCUGUAAUCGUGAAUGUUGGCGGCACAAGGUUCCAAACAACCAUCGAAACGCUGAGAAAUUGCCCCGGCAGAGGUGAUCGAAGCAUAUUUCGGCACAUGAACAUUUCCUGCCAAGAAGAAACAUUUGUGGAUCGGGACCCGACUGUAUUCGGGUAUAUCUUAAACUACCUGCGUGAUGGAUCAGUUAUUUUUCCAAAGGAUGGAUACAUUCUCACUCUGGCUAAGUACGAGGCUGAGCACUAUGGCCUUCAUUAUCUCUAUAAGCACCUUCCAACAUGUGAUAAUCUUCAUAUUGUUGAAGCCGAAUGGGAUUCUGAAGAUCAGCUCUUUCGCUCUCCAUCCUAUGGACAUUCGGAACCCUCUCCCGAUACUGAAUGGAUGUCAUCGCCUGUGUUUCCCGCAAAUCUGAACCAUUCUAAUGCGAUUUCGUCACUUCCAUCGGAAAAUUCUCACGAUUCCGACGAGAUCACAACUUAUGAAUGUCAAUGUCGGGAGAACCGUGUUGGUUCUAGCCCAAUCCCACCAUCUGUACAUCCGGAGUAUCUUGACGAUUCUGGCUCUGUUUCACCACUGAUAUUCACAUAUCACCGUGGUCGAAUCGAUCAUGAAUAA